AAUGAGUAGACAGAGGGUAAACUCCAAGUAUUUAAAUUAUUAUUACAAAUAGGUCACCUACUGUAAAUAAGUAGAUUAGAAAACAUAGUAAGGAUUCAGAUUCAAGUUCUUCAGAAAGAAGGUAUGGAAAAUUUUGGAAACCUAAUGAGGAUGCUCUUUUAAUUGAAUUACACACUAAACAUAAUGGCAACUGGCGUUUAAUUGCAGAGGAAAUCACUGGAAGGAACUUAAGUCAAUGUUAACAAAGAUGGAAGCGUAUAAAUCCAAAUAAGGUAGAAUUUGAAAGGUUAUAUAUAUAUAGACUAAAUUACGUAAAUAGUGGAGUGAUGAAGAGGACAAACGUGUGAUUCUUUUUGUUCAAUAAUAUGGUCGGAAUUGGAAAGUUAUAGAAGGAUUUAUGGAAGGCAGGUCAAGUAAAUAGAUUAGAGAAAGAUUUUUAAAUAAUUUGGAUCCAGAGAUUAAUCAUUAAAAAUUUACACCUAUGGAAGAUAAAAUAAUUUUAGAAUAGUAUCGAAUAUAUGGUCCAAAAUGGAGUGAGAUUGCUAAGAUGUUAGAUAGAAGACCAGUAAUUAUGUUAUUAUAAACAUAGGAAAACUAAGUGAAGAAUAGAUUUUAUUCGUUUAUUAAGAGAGUACAUAUGUUAGAAGAGAAAUCAGAUGAUGAUGAUAAUGAUGGUGAUUCUUCAUUUUCUGAAUAACCUAACAUUCCAUAACCUAUACCAAUUUAUUAACCUUUAGAAACUAUUUAAUCAAUUAAGGAGGAACAUGAUAAUACAAAGAAUGAUUCAAUAAGGAAUGAUUCAUUUAUGAAUAUUCAAAAUAGAACUCCUUCACAUAGAAUUCAACCAUCAAUUAAUUUAAUUUAAGGAUUAGAUUCUUUUGAUUCAAAAUAAUUUGAAGGUAUUCAUUCUUAAGACAUAUCUCCUUUCCAUUAAAGAAGAAUCUUAAUGGAUUAUAGUCCAAUUAAUUUUGAGUAUGCUCAUCAUCAUCCAAAUUUCGAUAAUGUUUAAGAAGAAGUGAAAGAAUUGAGGAGUUAAAUUGAAUGUAUUAGCUUAGAAAAGAUCAAUUGAU